GCUUAUAUCCCAGCACGAGACUCACGGGGAGUGUCUGUAGUAUCAGAUCUCUGCCUCUCCUUCCAGUCCCAGAUUGAACGUCACUGAUCCAAGCCUGCUUGAAGAAAAACUAUGUCCGAAGACGCAGUAUCUCUGCUGACAUCAGAUGUACAGUACAGAGACCAGGGGAAUCAGCAGAACACCGGCCUGAGGGGCAGUGUGACUGAUGUGUGGACAGGGCAGAUCCUUACAAGCCUAGCCAUGCCUCAGAUGUAGACAUGGCAAUGGGCCGACCUAUAAAGGGUCGGGAAUCGGACCUCCGCUGCCAUCAUGUACUGCCUACAAUGGCUGCUCCCGGUUCUCCUCAUCCCCAAGCCUCUAAAUCCAGCCCUUUGGUUCAACCACUCGAUGUUCAUGGGCUUCUACCUCCUGAGCUUCUUGCUGGAGAGGAAGCCGUGCACCAUCUGCGCCUUGGUCUUCCUGGGAGCCCUCAUCCUUAUCUGCUACAGUUGUUGGGGCAAUUGCUUCUUGUAUCAUUGCAGCGGCAGCCAGCUGCCAGAAUUGGCCCAUGACCCCGCGGUGGUGGGCACCUAAAGAGGACACAGUUCCUUUGCCAACGGAUUGCUGCUUUUUGCCAGUGACAUGACACAGCUUGCACCAUUGUGUCUUGAGGACUAUACUGGGACUACAGGGGCACCAAGAUAAAUGAAACAGGUUUUUGUGCAAUGGAUCCCCUUUUCCCCUGUUACCAUGCACCUGGAGGUGGGCAAAGAUAUUUGCAUUACCCACCCCUUGGUAUUAUCCUUCUAGGGGGACUUUUAAUUACAAGUAUUUUGGGGGCUCUGCUAGCUGUUGGUCAUGUUUACUUCUCUUCUGUCCGUUUUUCUGACAGUCGUUUUCUGAUACUGCCCUUCAGUACAGUGUGAGUGCCCUGCUCAUGCCAUCUAAUAAGAUGAGUGUACAUGUUCAGGUGGCAUUUUGUGGGCUCAGGCAUCGGUGAUGUUGCACAUUUUGUAGUGAAUUGAUAGAUUUGCACUUGUGAUAUCUGUUCAGUCCACAGAUCACUGCCUCCUGUAAGCAGGAGACAUGUACACGUGAAGUUGCUCCUGUACCCCCAGAGACGGUGUGUAUGGUUUCAGGGCAAGGCUGCCCGCUAUUUGCGGUAGUCCUGCGGAUGUGUAUGGACCAUGAGAUUUUAUCCUUGUGUGUUGGAGCAAAACGAACCUUAAUAAAGCUUUAUAAAUCAU